AUGUCGCUCGAUCCGCCGACGUACCUCGCUUCCCUCCAGAGCAACAUCCGCCAGCGGCCCAUUCCUUGGGAGGGAGCAGUCCGCGCCGGCACCCUCACCGAGGACCAGCACGCCAAGAUCCGCGCCGUCGACAAGGCCAAGAAGCCCGAGCAGCGCAAGGAGAUUGUCGAGGCCGACCUCGAUGGAUACCGCUUGCUUUUCGUGGGCGGCCAGGGCCAGCCCAGCGUUCUUGAGACAGCGGCCAAGCAGGCCAACGUCAUCCAGUAUAUUCUUGUCUUGCUUGCCGACGUCCUGGAUGCUGUCCCAUCCCUAGCCAAAGCUCUCUUCAAGAACCCCGAGCCAUACACGCACUUCCUGCCGCUUCUUCACUCCAAUACCACCGAGGACCACAUUCCUUUGCUUGCCUCUCACGCAUUGACGACGCUGAUGGCUCUCUCGCGCGACGAGUCCAAGGCGACCCUCCGUGCCCUGCCUGUCCUCUUUACAUACAUUUCUGGCCUGGCCAAAAGCACCGAUGCAGGUCUACAAGACAUUGCUGUACAGGAGUACUCGACACUGCUAAACGGCCGCGCCUCCCGCGAGCAGUUUUGGAACCAGCGUAGCGAGACUAUCGAGCCGCUCAUCAAGAUUCUUCACAGCGCUGCAGGUGUCAGCAACUCGGGCAAUGCAUCGGCUACCCUGUGGAGUGGGACUACCAAUGGUCGCGCAGCUGCGACCGAAGGCUCCGUAGGCGGCGGCGUUGGCCUACAGCUGCUGUACCAUGUCUUGUUGGUCCUGUGGCAGAUGAGCUUUGAGGCUGAUGAGAUUGGUGAUGACCUCAACAACGAGUACGAUAUUGUUCUUCUGUACACACAUCUUUUGCGAUUGUCGCCCAAAGAAAAGACCAGCCGACUCAUCCUCUCGACCCUGUACAACCUGCUAGUCAAGAACCAGACGUCGCUGCUGCCUACAGCGGUUCUCGCACGCCUACCGCCUCUGCUGGAGACUCUUGGCGGCCGCCACCUUACCGAUGUCGACCUGCUCGAUGAUCUUCAGAAUCUCAAGGACAUGCUCGAGGAAUAUACCAAGACCAAGACAACGUUUGACGAAUACGUAGCUGAGGUGCAGUCUGGCCACCUUCGCUGGUCCCCACCUCAUAGAAGUCAGGUAUUCUGGGCAGAAAAUGCACGCAAGAUCUUGGAGCACCAGAAUGGUGAGAUUCCCCGUCAACUCGCCGAGAUUAUGAAGAAGCCUUGGGACAACGACAAGCAAGUGCUGGCCAUUGCCUGCAACGACGUCGCCUGCCUGGUCAAGGAGGUGCCAGAAAAGAGAUGGCAACUCGAAAAGUCAGGCCUCAAGACGAGGAUUAUGGAGCUCAUGCAGUCGGAAGACGAAAAUCGGAUAGGCACAGCGGAUAUACUUUUGCAGACGCAUGAGUCAAUCAUUGGUUGCAUGUACAAACUGCGUGUAUUGGCAUAG